UUCGUUUUAACCGAAAAAAAAAAGAAAAGAAUUCCAAUGUUUCUGACCCAUAAAUACCAAAACCCUAAAACAGCCGACUCCCGCCGAAAAUCAUCUCUGAAAUCAACUUGCUUUAAAGUAAAAAUGGUACUGAAGCUAUUCGAUGAUGUUGACGACGAUGAUAAACUCGACAAAAUCGAAAUCAACGAAGAAUUCGCCCGCCGCUACGAGCACAACAAGAAGAGAGAAGACUUACAAAAGCUAGAGGAGCUGAAGAAGAAAGGCGCCAUUGAUGACUCCGACACAUCAUCAUCAGAAGAAGAAGAUGAAGAAGAGGAUUUGAACAAUUCAACUAAUUUAAAGUUCUUUGAUGGUUUGCUUAAGAUUAAAAAAGGCGAUCCUGUUUUGAAUAAUCAAGAUGCUAAGUUAUUCGAUUCGGAUGAGUCCAAGUCGGAGGAGGGAUUGGAGGAAGAGGAGAGAAAAAUGAAAAAGAAAAAGAAAAAGAAAAAGCCAAUGUACUUGAAGGAUGUAGUAUCUAAGCAUUUGAUAGAGGAAGGUCCCGAAUUUGGAGACGAAGAGGAAGAGGAGGAAGAGAAGAAGAAAGUGAAGACGUAUUCCGAAGAGCAAGAUGAUUUGAGAGAGGAGUUUUUAAAUGCCGUUAAGGAGGAUGAGGACGAUGAGGACUUGUUUAAGGUGAAAGAGACUGAUGAGGAACGAAGAGGGGAUGGAGAUACGGAGUUUACGAACAAGUUGGAUGAGUUUUUCGGGGAGGAUGAUAAGUUGGAUGAGGAGACAGUGUUUUUGAAGGAUUAUUUUAGGAAGGAGAUGUGGAGGGAUGAUAAGAAAAGGAAGAGUGAUGAUGUGGUGAUGGAGGAGGUGGAGUUUUCGGAGGAUGAGGAAGAGAUUGAGAGACAAGAGGAUUACGAGAGAGAGUUUAAUUUUAGAUAUGAGGAAAAUGCAGGUGAUAGAGUGUGGGGACAUUCGAGGAAGGUGGAGGGAUCGGUGAGGAAGAAGACGAAUGCUAGGAAAGUGCAGAGGGAGAGAAAGGAAGAUAGAAUGGCGCAGGCCGAAGAGGAGAGGAAGCAGGAGUUGAAACGGUUGAAGAACUUGAAGAAGAAGGAGAUGAAGGAGAAGCUUGAGAAGAUUAAGGAGACUGCUGGGAUAGGAGAUGAUGGGGUUUGCUUGUUGGAUGUGGAUGAUUUGGAGGAGGAAUUUGAUCCAGACGAGUACGAUAGAAAGAUGAAAACGGCUUUUGGUGAUGCCUACUAUGAGGCAGAUGAUAUGGAUGCUGAGUUUGGAAAUGAUGAGGAUGAACUUGAAAAGCCAGAUUUUGACAAGGAAGAUGAGUUACUUGGACUACCCAAGGGAUGGGGUAAUGUGGACGAGCCUCGCGAUGGGUUUUUAUCAACCAGGGAAAAACUUCUGAAAGCUAUAGAGAAUGAAGGUGAUCAUGAGCAAACAGCAGACGACAACAAAGGAAGUGGAGAUGACAAUGAGGUUGCUGAAGAAGGUAAGCGAAAGAAGAAACGGAAGCGGUCUAAUACAGUCAUGAAGGCAGUUAGAGAAGAACUAAUGGAGGAGUAUUAUAAAUUGGACUAUGAGGAUACAAUUGGGGAUUUAAAGACAAGAUUUAAGUAUAGGCCUGUCAAAGCUAAGAGAUUCGGGCUUGCUCCAGAGGAGGUGCUAAUGAUGGAGGAUAAGGAGUUAAAUCAGUAUGUUCCUUUGAAGAAGAUAGCGCCAUAUAGAGAAAAGGAAUGGAAGGUGCCCCGCAUUAAAUUGCACCAACUGAAAACAGGACUUAAAGGAGUAUCAGAUGUGCCUAAAUCUGAGAAGAAGCAAAAGUUUGAUAAUAAGGAAAAAGUUGAAGGUGAGACAGAUGAUAGGAAAAGGAAACAGGAGGAAUCUAAUGGAGAUACAACCAAAAAAUCCGGACGAAGUAGGAAACGAAAGAAACAAGCCGAGCAUAAUCUAUCUACAUCAAGGCUUAAGGCAUAUUCAGCUAACCCAUCAGGGUCAAACAGCAAAAAGAAGUAGCAGCCAGUCAAUGGGGGAAGCUUUAUAUUACAGGUUUAUCUUGGUGAACAAUGAAAAUGUCGUGGCCACAAAUCUAGUCCACUGGCAAGGGCCAGCGCGGAAAAGAGUUUUGCAGAUCUAGCUAGAUGAUUGUAUUUUAAGUUGUGUCUGUUAGAAAAUUAUCAUAGUUCUUACGGAUCUCCCUGGGUGGAUUAACCAUUACAAUUGAGUUCUAUAAAUUUCUUUAAUUGAGAUUACCGGAGGA